AACUUUACGGGCAGCUCUAAAAUUAUAUUUGUUGCCUACAGUGCAAGAAUCCGAAUCACUCAGCACACCAGCAGUAUCAGUAAUUAGCGAUUAGUGAUUAUCAUCUGUGAUUAGUGAGAUUAGUGCUUCCAGCAAGUAUUUGUGAUACUUGUGAAUAGAAAUGGAGGAAACUGUUGUUAUCAUAAAAGCAAAGGAACAGAGAAAAGUGGUUCGAGCUACUAAGGUAACUAAAAUACCAGAGAGAAUAUUAAAUGACAAAAAACUGCAAGCAGCUGUUGAAGCUCUUCCCAAAAAUUAUAACUUUGAAAUCCCUAAAACAAUAUGGAGAAUUGAAGAACUCAAAGCAAAAAUGGUUGCACUUCAAAUGCCAGAAGGAUUGCUCAUGUAUUCCACAACAAUUGCAGAUAUUAUAACUGAUUUUACUGGUGCUGAAGUGCUUAUCAUGGGUGAUGUCACAUAUGGAGCUUGUUGUGUUGAUGAUCUAACUGCAAAGGCCUUAGGAGUAGAAUUAUUAGUGCAUUAUGGCCACAGUUGCCUUAUACCUAUGGAUCCUAAAGCUGCAUUCAAGGUACUAUACAUAUUUGUAGAUAUACAAAUUGAUCCAAUGCAUUUGUUAGAAACUAUUAAACUCAACUUCCAAACAAGUUCUAAAAUUGGCCUAGUUAGCACAAUACAGUUCAUCACAACAUUGCAAUCGGUGAAAAAGGUUCUGAUUGAAGCUGGGUAUGAUAUUUCAAUACCCCAAUUCAAGCCAUUAUCUCCUGGAGAAAUUCUAGGCUGCACAGCCCCUGAAGUAAAAUGCGUCGACGUUAUCAUUUAUUUGGGAGAUGGACGGUUUCAUCUAGAAGCUGCAAUGAUAGCGAAUCCAAAAGUACAGGCUUAUCGCUACGAUCCAUACGACAAGAAAUUUACCCGCGAGUAUUAUGAUCAUGAGUUAAUGAUUAGCACGCGGAAGAACUUUAUAGAUACAGCGAAAUCUGCUAAAGUAUUCGGGAUUAUUAUGGGCACAUUGGGUCGGCAAGGAAGUCCGAAAGUAGUGGAGCACAUAGAACAACGUUUGAAAGCUUGUGGCAAAGAGACAGUAACAAUCAUGUUAUCGGAAAUAUUCCCGGAUAAGUUGCGUUUAUUCGACAACAUCGAUGCUUUUGUGCAGAUUGCUUGUCCGCGAUUGUCGAUCGACUGGGGUACCGCAUUUCAAAAACCCUUACUGACGCCCUAUGAACUUGCCGUGUGCAUUGGCGACAGUAAAUGGAUCGAAGAAAACGGGCCAGCUGACGGUUCCAAAGAAAAGAAAUGUAAGAGUUAUCCGAUGGACUUUUAUGCAAAUGACAGUUUAGGGCCUUGGACGCCUAAUCAUAAACCUGGCGAUCCAAUUAAACCCAAUAUGUGUUGUGGAAAGUGUACCUAAGUGGUGAUGCAAUUUAAUACGGUUGUUGAAAAUGUUGUUUUAAUAACUAAGCGAAAAUAAAUAUCAAUUUUAAAGAUAUAAGCAAA